AUAUUGUUGGUCUUAAGUAAAGUCUUAGUGAUUUUAGUUUUAAAAACUUCUUUCAAUUGAGGCAACUGUUAUAAAAGCUAUUAAAAUUAUUCUAUAGCUAUAGAAACACUUAAAAAUAGAAUUAAGACUUCACAUGAUUGAAUAUGCCAAAUUAGAGUAUGAUUUUCUUCUUGUACUUCUCCUAUCAGUUUUAGUUCCAAACACAGGUUCAAACCACCAAUAUCAUAGUGACUAUUAUGCUUUAAAUGAUAUUUAAGGUUAAGAAUGUCUUUUCAAUUCUAAUCGUUUAAUAAUCUGAUUAUCUUGAGCUUCAAAGAUGUCUAGGAAGGCACUCAAAGAAUUGAAGAUCUUAUAAAGACAAAGUACAAACAAGAUUGAUUCAAGUUGGAGUGAUUUAGGCAAAAUUAAGAAGUAGGAAGUAAUUGCAAAUUUAAUUGCCUACCACUUUCAACCGUAAUUACAUCAAUCAUAUUUUUAAAAGUAGCAUAAAUUUUGGAAAUAUGCGCGUGUUGAUUGGUAGAAGUUAUCUAAAUGUCAAGUGCCAAUAUUUUGUUGUUUAGCUCAAUUCCUUGCUCUGUUCGGGUGUUUUUGGAGUCAAUAAGGUCAUAUGGCAACUGGUAUAGCUUCAGGAAGCGGACGGUUACAUUUGAGGGAGCCUGUCUACUGGAGGAAUAGCUAUGGAAAAGCUCACUGUCAUUCCAAUAAGAUCCUGAAGGGCAUGCAAAACCAAAUCCCUUGGUCUUCUUGGAUUUCCAAACUCUUGCAAGUUGAUAGAAGUAACUAUUCACAAUGUCAAGUAAAAACAAACUGGAAGUCUCACAGAGGAACAAUCAAAUCAUGCCAGAGUGAAGGCUCAACUAGGUAUUUCGAUUUUGCUGUGAUUGGUAGUGGAAUUGCUGGCCUUCGAUAUGCUCUUGAGGUUGCCAAACAUGGAACUGUGGCUGUGAUAACCAAGGCCGAGCCUCAUGAGAGUAACACUAAUUAUGCUCAAGGUGGUGUAAGUGCUGUGCUCUGCCCAAUGGAUUCAGUGGAGAGCCACAUGCAAGAUACAAUUGUGGCAGGUGCUUACCUCUGUGAUGAGGAGACUGUUAGAGUUGUGUGUACUGAAGGACCUGAGAGAAUUAGAGAACUGAUCGCUAUGGGUGCUUCGUUUGAUCACGGGGAAGAUGGAAAUCUGCAUCUAGCCAGGGAAGGGGGGCACUCCCAUCGUCGAAUUGUUCAUGCUGCUGAUAUGACAGGCCGAGAGAUAGAAAGGGCCCUAUUAGAUGCAGUUGUUAAGGAUCCUAAUAUAUUUGUGUUCCAACACCAUUUUGCUGUAGAUUUGUUGACCACUCAGGAUGAUUCUGAAAUAGUUUGUCAUGGAGUUGAUACUAUAAACACGGAAACACAUGAGGUCAUAAGAUUCAUUUCAAAAGUGACUUUGCUGGCAUCAGGUGGAGCUGGGCAUAUCUAUCCAAGUACUACUAAUCCGCCGGUUGCCACUGGAGAUGGAAUGGCUAUGGCUCAUCGAGCUCAAGCUGUAAUUUCCAACAUGGAGUUUGUGCAAUUCCACCCGACUGCCUUAGCUGAUGAAGGCCUUCCCAUCAGACCAUCAAAUACCAGAGAGAAUGCUUUUCUGAUAACUGAAGCUGUUAGAGGUGACGGAGGCAUCCUUUACAACUUAGAUAUGGAGAGAUUUAUGCCAUUGUAUGAUGAAAGAGCAGAGCUUGCCCCGAGAGAUGUGGUAGCAAGAAGUAUAGAUGACCAGCUCAAAAAGCGUGGCGAAGAGUAUGUUCUUCUUGAUAUUAGUCACAAGCCCAAAGAGAAGGUUCUUUCUCAUUUUCCUAAUAUAGCUGCUGAGUGUCUCCGCUAUGGGUUAGACAUAACACAGCAACCGAUUCCGGUGGUCCCCGCUGCUCACUACAUGUGUGGUGGAGUCCGUGCUGGGCUCGAUGGUGAGACUAAUGUACGAGGUCUUUAUGUGGCAGGUGAAGUUGCAUGUACUGGUUUGCAUGGUGCGAACCGACUUGCUAGCAACUCGUUAGCUGAAGCACUAGUGUUUGCACGAAGAGCUGUACAGCCUUCAAUUGAUCACAUGAGCGUGUCUAAAAUUAAUCACGGUGCUUCAAGUUGGUGGGCCCGGCCUGUAGCCCCUGUGUUACUGGGAGAUAUUGUACUUAACAAAGUCAUUCGUCGGACAAGGGAAGUGAGGAAAGAAUUGCAGUCAGUCAUGUGGGAGUAUGUCGGAAUUGUUAGGUCUACCUCGAGACUAACCCUUGCAGAGAAGAGAAUUAAAGAGUUGGAGUUGAAAUGGGAAACAUAUCUAUUUCAGCAUGGCUGGGAACCGACCAUGGUUGGAUUAGAUGCUUGUGAGAUGAGGAAUCUCUUCUGUUGUGCCAAGCUGGUAGUUAGCAGUGCUCUUUCCCGACACGAGAGUCGCGGGCUUCAUUACACCAUUGAUUUUCCUCACGUUGAGGAAAGCAAGAGGUUGCCAACGGUCAUUUUUCCUUCACAGCGAAAUAGCUCAUGGAGCUCGCGGCAAUUACACAAGCAGCAGAUAUGUUAGAUACUCUUACCUAUUUGCCAUUCUUCCUGCCAAAACUUCCAAGUGCGGGGCAUGAUUAGUUUUUAGGUAAAUGGAUUAUUGUCAUUCUUCCUGCCAGUACUUUUGGAGCAGGGCAAAGUCAUUCUUUAGUGAAGUAUUACUUACAUGCUUAUACUUAUAUAUACUGACUAAUUAUAGAAGCCAGAAGAGAGGAGCUUCGGGUCAAUACGCUUGCUUGGGCACACUAA